AAUUAACCUAAAAUGAAAAUGAUUCAAUUUGCAAGAGAAAAUAAUAUGUUUAUUUUUGUAAACCGGUCAUAUUGAAUGUCAUUAGGCUGAUUAAUUAACCUUAGAUAAUGCCAUUAGAAUUCAUAUAAUGGCUUUCAAGUGUAAGUUAAUGGUUAGUUUGGGUAGGCUGGUUCUUAUUGCGUUUAAUUUGUAAAAGUGUUUUUGGUGUGCUAUCAAAAUCCAAAAUUAUUUUUUCUAGGCCUAGCAUUAAUUUACCCUAGGUAGCUCCGGUAUGAAGCUAAAACAUUCUUAUUUAUUAAAAGCAUAUUUUUUGGUGAUAUUAAUUUGCAAUUUAAACAAAAUUUUAUGUGAAGAACAACCAAUACAAUCACCUGUAACUGAAGAGUGCAAAGAAUCAACCACCGAAUAUGUUAAAGUAUCAUUUUCCAGUCAAGUUGUCAGUAAUGAAUACAUUGUGGCUUUCAAGGGUUACUACAAAAGUUCAGCACGGAAUAAAUUCAUAGCAGCUGCAUUAAACGGGACUCAAAUCCACAACUGGCGAGUGGUGGAACGGAACAAUCCUGCAAGCGAUUACCCGAGCGAUUUUGAUGUCGUCAUAUUGGAAGAACCACAUGGAGUGAAUGGCUUGAGCGCUCUCAGUGAGCACCCUUCCAUCCGUCGUGUCACGCCUCAGCGAGUCGUCCACAGAACACUACAGUACAUCCCUGUCGGCAACAUGACGGAUGACGAGGUGAACACUUGGCCACAACGGACACUUUCCAACGCCUCGAAAAACCAGUUUUGGCAUUCGACGGGCCGCCACACAAGCCGUCGCCUGCUGCGAGCCAUUCCCCGGCAGAUUACCUCCAUAUUACAAGCCGACGCUCUUUGGGGAAUGGGUAUCACAGGUGCCGGUGUGAAAGUAGCCGUAUUUGACACUGGGUUGUCGAAGACCCAUCCCCACUUCAAGCGCAUUGCCGAGAGAACAGACUGGACCAAUGAGAAAUCUCUGGAGGACGGACUCGGUCACGGAACGUUUGUGGCAGGAGUGAUCGCUUCAACCAAGGAAUGUCUUGGAUUUGCUCCCGACUCAGAGCUCCAUGUUUUCCGUGUCUUCACCAAUAAUCAGGUGUCGUACACAUCUUGGUUCCUGGAUGCCUUCAACUACGCGAUCCUAAAGCGUAUUGGAGUUCUGAAUCUGAGCAUUGGUGGGCCGGACUUCAUGGAUCAUCCGUUUGUAGACAAAGUGUGGGAGCUGACUGCUAACAGGGUGAUAAUGGUGUCUGCAAUAGGCAAUGAUGGACCUCUUUACGGAACUUUAAACAAUCCUGCUGAUCAAAUGGAUGUUAUUGGAGUGGGAGGAAUAAACUUUGAAGAUCAAAUUGCAAAAUUCUCUUCAAGAGGGAUGACAACUUGGGAAUUGCCUCAAGGUUAUGGUCGAGUGAAGCCAGAUAUUGUGACUUACGGGUCGGGAGUGAGAGGGUCAAGUAUCAAAGCUGGGUGUAAGACUUUAUCUGGAACUAGUGUGGCUAGUCCUGUCGUAGCAGGUGCUGUCACAUUACUGGCCAGCGGGGUGUUACACAGAGGCAAUGUAAUCAACCCAGCCAGUAUGAAGCAGGCGCUGAUGGCCUCCGCGAGGCGUCUGCCAGGUGUCAACAUGUUUGAGCAAGGUCAUGGCAAGCUGGACUUGCUCAAGGCGUAUCAGGUGCUCAACAGCUACAAGCCACAGGCUAGUUUUAGUCCCAGCUACAUAGACCUGGGUGAGUGCCAGUACAUGUGGCCCUACUGCACGCAGCCGUUGUAUCACACUGCUAUGCCGACCAUCGUCAACGUCACUAUCCUCAACGGGCUUGGAGUGUCAGGCCGUGUGGUCGGCAAACCACAGUGGUACCCCUACACUCCUCAGUACGGCCACUUUCUUGAGGUAUCUCUGACGUACUCGGAGGUUUUGUGGCCGUGGUCGGGUUGGCUCGGAGUCAGUUUGGGCGUUGGUAAAGAAGCGGCCGGUUGGACAGGGACGGCGCAAGGCCACAUACAGCUGACUGUGGAGUCUCCACCAGAAGAAGGAGAAACUCAGCCGAGAACUUCUACCAUCAAACUGGCUGUGAGAGCAAACAUCAUCCCGACCCCUCCCAGGCAAAAAAGAAUCUUAUGGGAUCAAUACCACAACCUGCGUUAUCCUCCAGGAUACUUCCCCAGGGAUAAUCUGAGAAUGAAAAACGAUCCCUUGGAUUGGAAUGGGGAUCACAUUCAUACAAAUUUUAAGGACAUGUACCAACACGUUCGCAACAGUGGCUACUACAUCGAGGUCCUUGGGACCACGCUGACGUGUUUCGACGCGUCCCAAUAUGGUGCUCUUCUGAUUGUUGACCCGGAAGAGGAAUUCUUCCCUGAGGAAGUAGGGAAGUUGAAGCGAGAUGUAGAUGCAGGAUUGUCACUGAUAGUGUUCGCCGACUGGUACAACAUCACCGUCAUGAAGAAGGUUAAGUUCUUCGAUGAAAACACAAGACAAUGGUGGAUGCCCGACACUGGAGGUGCUAACGUCCCUGCACUCAACGACUUGCUGGGCUCAUGGGGCGUUGCGCUCAGUGACCGAGUGUUCGAAGGCGACUACACACUGGGCGAACACUCUGGAUACUUCGCCUCCGGGACAAGCAUCGCUCAGUUCCCGGCUAGUGGGACGCUAGUGGCCGUGCCUCUCAAUGACCAGGGUGCUGAGAUGGUAUCUAAGGAAGAGACAGCUAACUCAGAGAAGGAGACAGUUCCAAUACUUGGGUUCCUGCAGAGUCAUGCUCAGGAGAAGAGUGGCAGGAUAGUUGUCUAUGGGGACUCCAACUGUCUGGAUAACAGCCAUCUCACAAAAGACUGUUUCUGGAUGUUGGACGCAAUUCUGGAGUAUACGUCCACGGGUCACUUGCCCUCGGUUUUCACAAGGAACAAAGUAGAAACUCCUAGAAUUAUCACUGAUCUUCCGCAGCGGAUGAAGGGGAACAACCUCUACAGGUACUCCAAGGUACUGGAGAAUCACCUAGGUAACCCACAAGUCAGACCAUUGCCAGCUUGUCCACAUAUAGUGUGGGCCCCUCCCAUCCCCCUCAACAAAUCUGCACCCACGAACCUGUACAAGUCGCAGAAGCUGCUGUCGUUGUCUCUAGACGCAGAAUUGCCGCUGUGGGACCUGGGCGGGGCGGGUGGAGGGGGGUGGCGCAGAGAGGACAUAGAUAUGCCAGAGUACCUCAGUGAGGACGAGCUCUACACAGUCCCUACGUUGCUACUGGUAGCGCUCCUAGUAGCAGUGUUGUGCAUCGUGUAUCGCUUCUUGCGAUGUAGGACUCGGCCGAGGCGCAAGAAGCCGACGAGGCUGCGGAGACUCAUGACCUCAAUACGAGUGCCUGCCGUGUAACUGUGAUGUGUUGAUUUUAGGUCACGAUCAUAUUAGUGAUUGUGCAGUAGUCAUAAGGUUGCAUCGGUACUGAGAAAAGUCAAUCUAGGACCCAGCUGUCCUCGAUCAUUGGGCUUUUAAUAUGUGAUCCUGGCUAGAGAACCAAAGUUAAUUAAAAAGCUGAAACUUAAAGGAACCAACAGAAAGGUACCAUGCAGUGCAGCCUGUGGAUACCUAAUAGAACCACUCACAUUUUCCUGGAGUAGAAGAGGUUCAAAUUUUAGUGUGAAGAAGUGAUGGAACAAGUUUUCACAAGGAUUCAGGAUCUGUACCUUAACAUGGGUGAGAAAAUAUCUACAUCCUUUGUAUUCCUUUCACUAUUGAUGAACUAGUUAUCCCUUUCCCAUGUUAAACUAGCCAGUUUUUUAAAUAUGAAUGAACAGUAGUUAAUUGAGCCACAGAGUAGGCUGAAUUAAAUUACUGAUUUCUGUCGAAUGCACAAACUUUUAACAAAGUGAAACUAAAAGAAAAGCUUAUUGUAAUUUAUAGCAUAUGUUAUGUCACAUCAAAUACUACAGUAAAUUUAAGUUAUUAUGUUGGGUAGAGGAUUCAUUACAGGGUAGAGGAUUUAACCUCUGAGGACGUCUAAAAACGUCCCAAGGAGAACAAAUUCAGCUGCUGAGACGCAAAGUCACCUCAUGUUAAUGUGGUUAUUAUGUAUAGGGAUAGUCUAAUAUUGUUCAAGUUGUUAUGUUUUCAUUAAAGGAUACCAAAUUUGUGAGAACAUUUUGUGAGUAUAAGCACAAAAACAUGACUCACUAUUUCUGUUUGCUUUUAUUGUCCAACAUGGAAAAGAAUGGAAGGACUGUGAUGGCAUUCUUGCAAAGAUAUUCUCCAGGCUCAGAGAAGAAGACAAAAACAGUCGGUGAUUCUGAAAUCCAUAGUAAAAAAUGUAGAAAGCUUGAAGCUUUGACAAAGGAUCAGAAGUGUGUCUUGUGUAAUUUAAACGAUAAAAAACAAAUAAUAGGAUAUUUCUAAGAACCAAUUCGACAAUGAUAGUUAGGUUUGACAAAUCUACCCAUAUAAAAACCUAAUUUUCAAAUAUAUUGAUAUCUAAUGUGAUAGUGAAUUAAUCACAUGGAUCCUACUUUUUUAUUUGUUUCAUAAGUGUAUCAAGAUUUAUUUAAGUUUUAGAAUGGUUUUAGGUAAUGGAAAUUCAAUGUAACUGAAUUCUUUAAGGUUGCCUUUUAGCGAAUUUUCUUAGGAAAAUGGCUGGUACAUUGUUUUUCAUUAAAGACUUAGUAGAUCUAGGUCUAAGACUUAAAAGUAGCUUAUCUGGGUUCCUAUUCUGUUUCUUUGUUCCCAGAAGCCAAAACUUGACUUGUUCAAAUUGUUAAAUAUGUGUAUGUAUAUAUAUAAUAUUAUAAGCUGUUUAUCUACCAUAAAUUAUGUUCUUAAGCUCGAUAAACUUCGUAACAAUUCUCUGAAUAUAAUGAAAUUUAGAUCAAAUGUCUAGGUUUACAUCUAUUUAAUAAGUUUGCUAAUUAGCUCAACCAUAUCUCGCAACAGGAGUUUUUACUCUGAAAAUGUGUGUUUCACCUUUACACACAGACUUUUUGAACACUUCUAAAUUCAAAGGACAAACAAUCAACGCAUAUUGGUCAACGAGACACACAAUUAUAAUAAAAUGGAAAUUUAUUGCUCCUAGUAGCAAACCUGAAUUUAUAGAUCCAAUGUUUAUUUUACACUGGGCUUUGUACACAAGUGUAAAUUCCCUUUCAUUCACAUGUCAAAUGAAAAAUUCUUAAACAACAUAACCUAGUGUAUUCACAUGGUAUGGUGCUCUUAAUUAGUGCUAGCCUCUAGGCAUUGGUAUAUUUGACAAUACUUAUAGAUAUUCACCAUUGAAAAUGAUAUACCAUCAUUUUGUAAACUGCAUGAUUUUCCACUGUUGUCUAUUUAUGUAUAAAAUUCUAUUUAAUUAUGUCUGUCUGUCUUCCAUACAUUUGUGAUUUCGCCACAAAUGAUUCCUUGAACAAUUACCUUUGAAAUUAUUAUCCCAACUUAAUAUAUCAUGUACAUAGUGUAAGUAUGUAUAUAAGUAUUUUGUCUAUCGAUGAGUGUUUUUAUGAGGUGAUUUAGUCUUUAAUUACUUUUUUCCAUGUUUGUUCAUUGUUACAAUUUCAUGUAGUAUAAUAUUUAUUUGGAAACUACUGGAACUGGUAAUAAAAUAAUUAAUUAAAUUUAUCCCUUAGACUGUACAUAAAUUGUUAUUCAAGAUCUGUAAAUCGCAUAUUUAAAAUAAGUUACAGCAAAGUAUACAACCAGGUAUUCUAUAAAAUGGCAACAAUGAAUCAAGCAAAGCAUGAAAUAAAGCAUGGUCAUCAGAAUGCUCGUUGGCACUGCAGGCAAAGACUUUUGUUUCCAUGUUAGGCAUUAACUAACUGAAUCUAAUAUGAAAUAUAAACCUAACGUAGCCUAAUAAAAACAAUUUCAUUAUUCUAGGCAUUAUCAUAGAUAAAACAUACUCCCUUUGUAAAUUUCUUAUCCUUAUGGAUCAGCUGAAGCCAAUUUUAUUGCAAGUUCUGUCCGGUGCACUGC